AUGGUUGCAAGAGGCACCUGCAGAUGUUGAUGACAAAAAAAUCUUCAAACUGCUUAGCUUCAAUACUGCUAAGACAUCAUCGCAUAUGUACAUGUAUGCUUAAUUCUUUCAGAGAGAAUUCCGAAUUAAAAGCGACGUGUCCAAGUUGGUGCUGGGCAAAUGAUCUUUAAGCCCAAAAAAUGUCUUCUUUUUCUGGUAUUUCUAUCGCUUCUUGUCAUCGUUGUUUUCUUGRCGGUUCCUGAUUUGUAUGAAACAUUAUUAGAGGCUUCAUACGCUUUUGAAGACGACCAAUUCCGACCUCUCAACACUUCAUACAAAUGCGAUGGAAAAUGGAUCGAGUGGUACAAAAAAUUUCACGAAGAAAGCCUCAAUUCAAACAACCCUAAACGUCGUUUCUUGGUAUUCUACUGUCCUGGACACGAUGGUGGUUGUGGAGGGUAUGGAAAUCGUAUGGUAGGUUUAGUUUCAACAUUUUACUUGGCUGUUUUACUUGGGAGAGUGUUCAUGCUUCAUUGGGGAGGCCCUGAAAACCUGGAAUCKUUUGUAGUCCCCAACGAGAUUGACUGGAGAUACAAUGGGACACAAUUCGAGGGGGCUCAAUCAGUAAGGACAUUCCACUGGGGUUCGUACAGACCCGACGGGUAUGACAAAUAUAAGAUUUUUUCAGAGUCRAAUUUCUUGGAUUGGAUUAAAGGUAGUGAUUUUAACAUCGUCCUCGAUCGUCAGGUAGAAAAACUUGACACGGUUUGGUAUUUCGCYGAGAAAUUAUGGGAGAACCGUUUUCUUAAGAAGCGCGCAAAGGAGCUUGGCCUACCGGGUGUGGUUUUUAACCACCCCUACGCAAUGAUUGGCUGUGCGAUGAAGUUUUUGUUCAAGAAAACGAGGUUUCUUAUGAAAGAGUUUGGAAAGAUUCGAACGAUUUUAAAGUCACGUGAGAGACCUUAUAUUGGCAUACAUAUUCGAACAAGUGAUCAUCACUGGGGAUCAACGAACCGCCACAGCUACAGAACACAAAGUCCUAAGCGAGUCUUCUUAUGUGCUCAGCGUAUCGAAAAGGUACUGCAUAAAAAAUACCCCAAACUUAAAGACAGACCGUUGACAUGGAUACUAGCCGCUGACGACAUAAAAUUAAAACAUUCGGCUCAGAAUCAGUAUCCUAGUAACGUCGUGACGUCAAAUCUUCUUCCUCGGCAUUUGGAUAUAAAUGGUCAAGAUUACCAGGACAUAUUACGGGAUAUUUUUAUGGAUCAAUUGUUGCUUCUAGAGUGUGAYUAUUUUCUACCAACAUUUGAUAGUACUUUUAGUUAUGUUGUCUUGGGACUGAAGCCAUUUUCAGYGAGAAGUUUCGUUUUUGGUGAAAAGUGCGUUUUGAAUGAAAGAAUGGUAACUUUAGUUGACRUAAAAAAGAAAAAGAAAARACUUUAAACUCUAAAGAGCCAAGGACAACCGGCAUCCCUUGCGAGUUUCUACUUGAUACAAACUUUGUUUUCCCUUUAUGYCCCAUGAAUGAGUUAUUACAAGAUCCCACCUUAUAUAUAUGGAUUGUAAACUGAAAAGUCAUCUCAUGCUAGUUGGCUAUGUCCCUGUAUUGUGCGUAGGGAUGAAAUGACURUUCAGUUUACACYUAAUUGAAAAAAACGUGGCGCCUCGAAAAGGUGAUGUUAUYAAGACYGCAGUGGUUCUUGGAUACUCAGAAAGUCGGAUCAUAUUUGCCUAAGCAUGUCUCGUAAUAGCAUAACUCGACAAGAUAGCCRUAGACCUUUUCUGAAAUACAAAAUCAUAGUGCAUUGUGGUCUAGYUUCAGYACAAACAACACCAUAUAUGGCAGCAUGAUCAAAAGAUGUUUGUACCGAAUCUAGACCACAAUGCAAUGCAAACUGCUAUCUCAGAGGCCUAAUUUAUUCAGUGCAGGWAAUCUUUUGACACUAAAAUAUAUAUAUUCUGUCAUUCAUGACAUUUGCUUUCCCAUGCUCCCUUUCGGUCUUAGCUUUGAUGACGUAACAUUUUGCARCCCGACUAGGUUUUUUCUAUAGGCAGCGUGCAGCGAUGGCAUUUUGUACAGCAAAGCAUGAUGAUAGUUGUAGUACUCGUAAUUUUUUACGUCCGCUACAACAGUCAUCUCAAACAGAUUUUGCUUUUUCUGAGUAAAAGAUSAAGUAGUUGUACCGUUUUUACAAAGAAAAAAKAAAAACRCAUUUUAUGGAGAUAAUUUACGGUGUAUGAUAAGCACGAAGGCUACAACUACCAUCAUGCUUUGCUGCACAAAAUGGCGUCGCUACACACUGACUAUUAGGUGUAUUUAGAUUUAAGUAGGGGAGAAUAUUAUACAUUAAUAUGCCAUCAAAACUAUGUUUGAAUGAAAAUGUUUAUUAUACGUAA